CGCGAGAGACAGGAAGGCGGCCGGGCAGGGAGGCAGAGAGGGUGGACGGGUGAGAGGAGAGAGAUAGACGGAGAGCGAGAGAGAGAGAGGGGAGCAGGAAGAUGGUGUGUGUCCCGUCGGUGGCUGCCGGUAUGCGCUGUUCCGGGCUCAACGUGAAGAUGCAGCCAUGGGGGAUCCAGGCGGCUCCAUUCCUUUGUGCAGCAUGAGCCAUGAGCCAAAGUCACCAUCGUUAGGAAUGAUCUCCACGGCGACCCGUACCACGGCGACGGUCAGCCCCCUCACCCCGUCGCCUCUCAACGGCUCCAUCGUAGCCAAUGGAAGCCCCGCUACCCAGUCUGCUCACUCCGGAUUCGCCGCAGCCCUCCGUAAACUGGCAAAACAGGCUGAAGAACCUCGAGCUGCGUCCUCCAUCAGCGCCGAGUCCUCUCCAGUGUCCUCCCCAGCCACCAACCACAGCUCUCCAGUCAGUACACCCAAGAGGGGUCCCCUCGGUCCAGGGCCUGUCCUGGUUCCCCCAUCGGGCCACAGCGUGCCAAACACUCCACCUGUAGUCACCAUUGCUCCAACAAAGACUAGCAACGGCCUCUGGAGGAGCGAGGGACGCCAGGCUGACUCGGGGCCUCGUGGGGCCAGCAGGGAACGUCUGGGUGCAGAGGGGAACCACCCACAGGAAAAGGGUGGUCCCUCAGUCCCUGCCCACCUCCUGGGAAACCCCUAUGCCUUUGGUCUCACCCCCGGCGCUGUCAUGCAGGAUUCACGGUUCCAGCCUCUCAAUCUGCCCAGACAGUUGGCUAAUGCAGUGCCCCCUGGUCAUGUACCAGAAGAGUACCUCCGUGGUUUCCGGCCCUAUGCCACGACUGAGGACGCCCUCCGCAUGCCCUCUUUGCCCUUGGGCCUGGACCCCGCCACUGCAGCUGCCGCAGCUGCCUACUACCAUCCCAGCUACCUGCCCCACCCAUCCUUCACGCCAUACAGGAUGGACGACCCGUUCUGCCUCUCUGCUUUGAGGUCACCUUUCUAUCAGCUGCCAGGAGGGGGAGCUUUACCUCCCAUCCAUCCCUCUGCUGUUCACAUGCACCUACAAGGGGUCCGCUACCCUGGAGACUUCACGCACCCCUCAAUGUCAGCACUGCAGUCGGAGAGGCUUCAGCUGGAGGAUGAGCUGCGACAUAGAGAGAGGGAGCGAGAACGAGAACGUGAGCGCGAGAAAGAGAGAGAGCGCGAGGCCGAGAGGGAGAAAGAACGGGAGAGAGAACGGGAGAGGGAGAGAGAGCGGGAGAAGGAGCUGGAGAGGGAGAAAGAGCGUGAACGGGAGAGGGAGCGCGAACGAGAAAGGGAGAGGGAGAGAGAAAGAGAGAAGGAGCUGGAGAGACAGAAGGAGAGAGCACUGAGGGAGAAGGAGCUGCAGGCAUCCAAGGCCAUGGAGAGCCACUAUCUGGCUGAGCUCCAUGCCAUGAGGGGGCAGGAGGACAGAACCAAGCCUGAGAGACUCACCCCUAAUCGGGCUGAGAAAACCAAAGAGCCUGCACCUCCAGCUCCCAAACCAGUGCCGCCAGGACUCCACUCCUCAAUGGUCCAAUCACAUCAUCCCAUCCCCGGUCUAAUCCCGGGCCACGGCCUCUUCAUGGGGUCCAGCGCUGUAGGGACGGCGCUCUCGGCCUCAAUGAUUGCUCAGAGGAACAAUGAGGAGGAGAGGUGGUUGGCACGGCAACGUAAGCUGCGGCAGGAGAAAGAGGAUCGUCAGUACCAGGUGUCUGAAUUCCGCCAGCAGGUUCUGGAGCAGCACCUGGACUUGGGCCGGCCAGCUGACGCAUCAGAUCAUAGGAUAGACCCACACAGAUCCAUACCAAAUCACCAUGAACCAGGAAGCCGGGACCUCCACCCUCACUUAGGCGCCCCUCCACCCCUCAUCUCCCCCAAACCUCCUCAGCCACCACGCGAACACCACCCUCCCACCACCCUGUGGAACCCUGCAUCUCUUAUAGAAACCCCUUCAGAGUUGAGACGUAACCACGAGCCCUCAGGGAUGGGACACUAUGAGCUCAGUCGGCUGCCCCCAGGUUCCUCCAAAUAUGACGAUGGCGUGCGAAGGAGAGAAGGGGGAGCAAUGGAGAAGUAUCACCAACUGAGAGGUCCUCCGGGCCUGCCGGAACCCAGCACAUUCCUUGCUGAUCUGGAGAAAUCCACCCAGUCCUUCUUCAGCCAGCAGAGGGCAUCACUGUCCAGCCAGUAUGAACUGGAGGGUGCCAUGAAAAGCAACGCUGGCCAUAAGAUCCUCCAGGGACACCCGGGGCACAGUCGACACGGACAAGGGCUAGGAAUGGUCCCCGGGCUGGGGAUGGGACAGGCAGCCACAGUGGCGAUGGGUCCGGACACAACGCUGAUCUAUGACGAAUUCCUUCAGCAGCACCGAAGGCCUGUCAGCAAGCUGGACCUGGAGGAGAAGAGGAGGAGGGAGGCCAGGGAAAAAGGUUACUACUAUGAGCUGGAUGACUCAUAUGAUGAGAGUGAUGAGGAGGAGGUGAGAGCCCAUCUCAGGAAAGUAGCAGAGCAGCCCCCAUUGAAACUGGAGGACUCCACAGAGAAAUUGGACUUCCUGGGAGCGUUCGGCCUGACCACGGUGGGCCGGCGAGAGGAGCUGGUGCAGCAGAAGAGAAGGAAAAGGAGGAGGCGGCUCAGGGAGCGCAGCCCCUCGCCACCUUUCUCGCACGCAAAACGCACUCCGCCUCCUCCUCCCCAACUCAGCACGCGCUUCACCCCUGAGGAAAUGGACCGAGCACCGGAGCUGGAGGAUAAGAAGCGCUUCCUCACCACGUUCAAACUGUCCCAUGUCACCAUGCAGCAGAGGAGAGAUAAUGAAAGGACUGUUGAGCUGCUUCAGGCCAUUAAAGAAAAGAGCGUAACCUUGGAUACCAUCAGACAUGCCCCUCAUCCGCUGUGCAAGAGUCCUCCAGCACAGAUUUCUGAUUCUGCGUUUGCCCAGCCGUCCUCUGAAUCAGAAGGCCACCGCAGUGUCAGACCGCCUAGCCCCUCCUCACAUUGCCCAGCGUCCCCCAGUGGUCACCCAAAACCCCUUGGGGAGACAUUAAGACCAAAGGAACCCCCUUCUCCAGCUGUCUACCCAGACAAGGCCCGGGGGCCUGGUGAGGGUCCGGUCUCUAAGAGGAGCUCCAGCCUUCUGAAUAGCUUACGGCCCCCACUCCCCCUGCAGGCUAAAGAGGGCCAUCACAGCAUCAAUGGACGCACCAAAUCCUGGGACAGCUUCACCCCGGAGGAAUUUGCCCAGCAGUUCCACGAAUCCGUGCUUCAGUCCACUCAGAAGGCUCUGCAGAAACAUAAAGGUGGCGCCACGGGGAUGUCGGAGACGUCUCACCUCCAGGAGUCCUCUGUUCACUACAACAUUCCAGAGCUUCAGAGCGCCCCUGGACGGCCGCCGCAACCGCAUUCACAAUCUCACUCCAAUGCACAUCCAUUUCCCCAUCCACUCUCACUCGCUCACCCUCAGCCCAACGGGCAGCACUUCUCUGUAGCCCUCCACCGGGAGGCCUCAGGGACGAGGGAGGACCUGUCUGGUCCAGAUGACUCUGAGGAGGAAGAGGAUGACGAGGAAGAGGAGGCUCCUCCUUCCAAGUGGCAGGGGAUUGAAUCUAUAUUUGAAGCUUAUCAGGAAUACGUUGAAGAGCAAAGUUUGGAGCGACAAGUGUUGCAGAGCCAGUGUCGAAGACUAGAAGCUCAGAACUACAACCUCAGUCUGACUGCUGAGCAGCUGUCUCACAGCAUGGGGGAGAUGAUGUCCCAGAGACAGAAGCUGGCAGUGGAAAGGGAGAAGCUACAAGCAGAGCUGGAGCACUUCAGGAAGUGUUUGACGCUGCCGCAGACACACUGGCCGAGAGGCGGCCAUUACAAGGGCUACCCUCCCAGGUGACCCCAGCACGCCGACCCGAUGGCCCCGGGCCUACUCCCCUUUCAGACUGACACCCAGAGUUUAUUUUUCAUGGCCUGGUCCACAUGUCUCCAUGGAGGAGAAUACGGCUGGCUAGAUAAGAUGAAUGAAUGAAUUGAGUGAAUGGAUGGAUGAGAGAUGAAUGCAGAGGAGACAGGACCAUACAGUGAAGGACAGACAGUCUUUGGAUUGUGGCCAGCCAGGGACUGUGCCACGAGCCACUAACGUGUGCCAAUGUAGCCAACACAGAGAGCAAGGGACAGGAGUACCUGAAGAUCAACACAAACAAACAAACACACACACACACACACACACACACACACACACACACACACACACACACACACACACACACACACACACACGCACACACACACGCACCUGCUUGUCCCACAUUCUUCAGUCCCCGCUGCUCUAUUGUUCAGUCCUUGCGUCCCUCACCGCCACAGCUACACAGACAAUCCUGCCAAUGAGGGAGCAGCUACCCCAAGAGGGGCGACGUCAAGAGACUUGAACGCUUCAAAGGCUUCCGGUCAGUCGGGACUGAUUUUAUCACAGCGGCCACAUGAGCUUUUGAACUGGAAAUGCACUUAAGAAUAAAAGCUGAAGAACUACCUGGUGGUACUGUGUUACAACAAAGAACUGUUCAAAUUAGGGAAGAACUUAGAAAAUGCACAUUUUUUGGAAAGAAUUAAGGAAAAUGUUUUAUUUCGAAAUAGAAAAUUUGAGAAUAAGAAUUUUAAAAGGUGCUUCAGCCUUGUAUUGUAAAUAAUAUGAAGACUUAAAAGAAUUUUGUAUGUUUUUAUUACUUUAAUCAUUGUUCUUUUAAAGAAAAAGCCUGCCAUUUUUAUAUGUUUAUGCUUUUUUUGGGGGGUUGGAAAAGAAAGCCUUGCUUUUAGUGUUUGUACUGCUGCUGGCCAGAACAGCUCAUUUUUGAGACAUUUAACAGAGUGAGAGAGAACAGGAUACACUCUUACUCCUGACCCAGCCACAACCACCUCAUGUGGCGUCUGAGCUCAGCAAAGCUUACCUAGAGAUCCCGAGACAUGGCUCCCGCACUCUCAUCCCCCGUCCUUCACAGCAACAUGUGUCUCUCUGUGUAAACGCCCAUCAACAACUCCUCUGGUCAGCGUCACUGCUGCUGGCAUGACAAGGUAGCUUGUGCUAUUCUCAUACAGAAACCCGUUGAGAUCCACAAUGACAAUAUAAUUAGUUUUUUUUUUUUACUUUGGUCACUUGACAUACUUGAUUUUGUAAAGACAUGAAGAGUCUCUUAAGCAUCCAGCUGAUGAAACUGGUUCUUGAUGCUUUAUCCUACCAUUGGACCUUUCACUUCUGUAUGACAUUAUAUAGCAUUAGACUCAAACAAUAUGACGGUUUGCAUAAAGUUACGCCUUACAAGCCCUUAUCAGCAGUCAUGAGGACACCGUGCCAAAAUGAAAAUAAUAAGGUAGCAUUUUGGAUUCUUAAGUUUAAAUUGAGUUGCAAUUAGGUAGCCAAACCUUCAGACCAGAAUAGCCAUCUUCCACUGCUGAAAACCUUUGAUUCCAUCAAUCUCCUUCCUGCAUUUCCCCCUUUUUAAUCCCACUAUGUAUACAGACUGGAGAAAAAAAAGUAGAUUCAAACUGGGCAUUUUGUAGUACAUAAAAAAUCAGAUGGGAUUAAUUUACACUUAAUUUCAUACACUUUUACAAUCUUUCUGCAAUUCAUCCUCUCUUUAAGCUCUGACCUGACGUUCAGCCACAAGUUUUAUUCUGACUUUCUCCCCUGUAACUUGUUGCCUCAGCCUUACGGUAACAUGUGUGAUUGAAUACCCCAAAUGCCAUCAAGGAGGUGCGUAGAUCAUCGUUUUGAAUUUAAGGGGCUGCACAAGUUAUCGUGGUGGGACAGUUGGUGUUAAGAGUGGGUGUUUUCAAUAUUUCAGAGUAAAAAAAUGUGAAAAUGUGCAGAAAGUAAAUUUAUAAACCUGAAGCACAGCUACCCCCUACAUACAGUAUGUUAAUUACAAGUGCCUCAGAAAUUUGGGAGCAUGUGAAUGAGUUGCAGUUCACAGGAUGGACAUUCUACACAUAACGCCAGUGAUCAGGGACUAAACAUUUUACAUUCAAGUGUCUACUGUAUGUCUCACACCUUUCAAAUAUGUGCAUGCCAAGAACUGACACAGAAUUCAUUUUAUCUAAAUGCAUCUCUGAGAACCAAUUUAAUCCCAACACCUUUUUAUAAAUGUGGCCCAGUUCAGAGGAUCAGGUGGAUACAGAGCGUAGUCUGUCAUUUUUACAGAGCAGAAGAGGCAUGCUGAGGGAAGCGGCCAAGGCGCAGCACAGUGUGCGUCUCACCCAGCCUUCCUGUGUCUCCAGCCCACGCACGCCCAUGCAAUAGCCCCAUUACUCAGUGGAGGAUGUCUAGAUGCUGUGAAAUCCUGUUUUUAAAAUGUACUUGUUUGAAUUCAUUGUAAUGUAAUAUAUUCUUUGUUGAAUGUAGUAAUUAGGUAUUUAUGAAUAUAUGGCUGUGA